AUGGCGGAGCUCAUUGCCCUGCUGCGCGGCACGCAGCUGCGCUCGACCGCUGCCGCCAACCGAGCGGCGUACGACGACCGGCUGCGCCAGCUAGAGGAGCGCCUCCAGUCCCUCAAGGACCAGGCGGGCGCUCUGGCUGCCGUCGCCUUCGAUGCAGACUUUGCGCUCGUCGCCGGUGACGGCACGAAGGUCCCGGCACGCAAGCAGGACCUCUGUGCGCAGUCGCGCUUCUUCAAGCGCAUGAUGGAGCACGACGACUCGGCCGAGGCCCGCGCGGGCGAGGUGAUUGCAAAGACGGGUGACGGCGUGGGCGCUUCGGCCGCUGCGCUUCGCCACCUGAUGGCCCUGCUGUACGGGCAGCAGCUGCAGACGUCCACCGAGAGCGCCGUGCUGCUCGAGAUCUGCGAGCUGGCCACGCUGUGGGAGUUUGACUCAAUCUUGGAGUCCAUGUCGACCAUGCUCGUCGCCAGCGCAAAGGCGAGCGCCAAGACCGCCUGCGAGAUGCUCGUGGCUGCCCUGCGCCACACCGAAGCAGACGCACACAGCGAGGUGUGGAAGCGCCUGCGCGAGGCGUCCGCACAAGGGGUGGCCGAGGCCGGACGCAAGCUGCUGGAUGUCUCGGCCUUCGCGGAUCUCGACCUCUCGGCCAUUUGCGAAGCCAUGACGCACGUGAAGGCGUCGACGGUCAGGCUGCCGUCCUUGGAGGUGGACACGAGCUCGGAGAGGUGGACGGCUCACCAGGCCAUGGACGGGUCGCCCACGGAUCAGGACCUGUCUUGGCUGCUCGGAGCGACCGGUGCGAAGGUCAAGGCCCGUCUCGGAUGGAACGGUUCUGUCAUGCUGACGGGAGAGAAUACGGGCGGCCGCGCGGUGCUGGCGAAGGUCAGCUCGUGGGUGAAGCAUCCCCAGCGGCCAACAAACGAGAGGCGCGCAUCCGGCUCCUACCGCGUGCUUGGCUCGGACACGCAGGGCGUCGUCCUGGGCCGUAACCUUCCGGACGUCCUCUCCGACGGCAAGUUCCUCUGCGGCGGCGACUUGGAGGUGUCCAAGUAUCAGCGUCAGUACGAGCUCUUCAACCUCUGGCUCCUCGCGUCGAAGCGCGUGGCGAGCCCACUCUCUCCGGUCGAUUCGCUGCUCUGCCUGCGCGGGUGCGCGACCGGCUGCGACGUCGACGGCGCCUCGGUCGCCGAGCUGCAGGCCAUGCUGGAGCAGCGCGGCCUCUCGACCUCCGGCGCCAAGACCAGCUUGCAGCUCCGCCUGCGCGACGCCGCGUAUGCUGAGGUGCCGGAGGGCAGUGCCGCAGCCAAGGCGACCAAGGCCUUCGCCAAGCUGGUCGCGCGGCACUACAAGGGCAGCGCGGUCAAGGUCAAGGACCUUGACGCCGCUUCGCUCGCGGAAGUGCUCAACUGCGACGAGCUUCACGCCCUCAACGAAAAGACGAUCCUGGACAACACCAUCAGCUGGGCGCAGCUCGCGGGGCGCACCGACGAGAUCAUCGCAAAGGUCAUGCCGCUCGUGCGCUGGCCGCUCGUGCCGCUUGUGCAGCUGAAGCCGCCGCUCAAGGCGCUCAUGAAGCGCUGCCCAGUGGUCAAGGAGCUGGUGGAGGAGGCGAUCGGACUUCAGAUGAAGCCCGGCUCAGAGUUUAGCUUCACGCCGAAGAGGCACCGGCUCAUGGACGGCAGCGAGGACACGGUCGUGCCGAGGCACAAGAAACGGAAGCACUGCCACGGCGACAAGGUGCAACUCCUCGACGCGUCGGCCCUUGUGGCCGCCAUGCUGCCGUCCGGUCUCCGGACUCUGGUCUCUGCCAGCCACAGCGCGGACAAGCCGGCGGACUCCGUCAGGUCGAUCUGUCAGGACGCUCUCUGUGCGCUCUCUUGUUUUCGCGGAUUCGACCAUCCGCCUGACUACCAUUCCGACGACGCCUUCUGUGAGGAGGACGGCAUCUAUCUGUGA